AUGGCUCGAGACGUGUAUCUUGGGAACGUGAAGCUCUUCGGUAAACAUCAUAGAGAUACCCUCUUUGAAGCCAACAACUACGCGUGGGCGCUCGUCGAUAUUAGUCGGUUCGAAGAAGCCAAGUCUCUGCUGCGUAAAACGGUGCCCGUGGCGCGACGCGUUCUCGGCGAGGGUCAUAGAGUCACACUCAAGUUGAGGUGGGUUUCCGCGAAGGCGCUCUUCCUGGACACCGACGCCACGCUCGACGGUCUCCGCGAGGCCGUAUCGACACUCGAGGAUGUGUCACCGACCGCGCGGCGCCUGCUCGGCGGCGCUCACCCCACCGCAAAGGCGAUUGAGGAGGAUUUGCGAGACGCGCGCACAGUGCUCCGCGCCCGCGAGGCGCCGUCGACGGGGAGUGCGUAA